AUGACCACAGCCACGACAGCCACGGCCAAGUCGUCUCUAGCGGUCCACAAACAGAGCUUCCGCGAGUACCUGCGCGAGACGGAUGCAGUGCAAGACGAGACAGAGCUCGACAAGCUGAUGCAGCUGCUGCACGAACCUCUGCCCGUCUCGUUCCGUCUCAAUUUGCACCGUCCAGACGCUGCGAGGCUGAAGACACUGCUGGCUACGGAGCAUCAAUUUCCGAGUCAGAAGAACUUUUACGGUACAAUUUCUGUGAACCCGCCAAAGCCGAUUGCAUGGUAUCCGCUGAAGAAUGUGGCGUGGCAAAUGGAUUGUGGGCGUGUUGCGCUGUCGAAAAGUGCGCCGAAGCACGCGGACGUGCGUGCAUUCCACACGUGUUUGUUGGAGCAUACGGAUCGUGGAAACAUCGACCGCCAGGAGGCAGUGAGUAUGCUGCCAGUGCUUUUCCUGGACGUGCAAUGCGGUCACCGGGUGCUUGACAUGUGCGCGUCUCCUGGCUCGAAGACGACGCAGGUCAUUGACUGUUUGUUGUCGUCAGAAGAUAGCAACGGUAAGAAACAGAGCGGCCUUGUCGUUGCUAAUGACCUUGACAAGAAACGGGCGUAUAUGCUUGUGCACCGCCUUUCGAGGAACACGCUUCGUCGUGCUGUGGUGACCUGCGGUCCAGGUGACACGUUCCCAGGUCUGUACGACGCUGAAACAGAGACUUUGGAGUCGACAAAUGUGUUCGACCGUGUGCUGUGUGACGUUCCUUGCAGUGGUGACGGAACACUGCGCAAAAACCAGUCGAUAUGGAAGGACUGGCAUAUUGGCCAAGGUCUCACGUUACAUCCGGUUCAGCUAGCGUUGGCUCUUCGCGGGGCAGCUCUGCUGAAGGUAAACGGCACCAUGGUCUACUCAACGUGUUCCUUCAAUCCCGUGGAAAACGAGGCUGUUGUGGCGGAACUGCUACGCCGUGCCGGAGGAUCGCUUGAGCUGCUGGACGUUUCGAAAAAGAUGCCUGCGCUUGUCACCCGUCCAGGUCGGUCGAAAUGGCGUGUAGGCUGGCGCUCAAAGUCGAAGUCUACCAACAAAGGCUACCUGUUUAAGGGUGCGGAGAAUGACAAUGAUAACGUAGGUUCAGGGCUCCAUGAUUGGUUUGACGAAUACGACAAGGUGGUAGAAAGCCUUCGUGGUAAGCGGAUAACACGAUCAAUGUUUCCGCCGGAACAUUGUGUUGCCAAGGAGCUGCGCAAGACACUUCGUCUCAUCCCAACCGAUCAGAACUCUGGUGGGUUUUUCAUCGCUGUGCUGCGCAAAUUGCGCGACUUGCCUGGUGUAGAGGGACGUCAGGAAGGCUUUGCCGCACUAGAAGAAUCGGAAGCGUUGCCACCUGCUGACUAUAUCUGCAAGUUGUGUGGCACGGGGGGCCAUUUCUUAAGAAGCUGCCAGAAUUUCUUAUCGGACACAGAAUUCGCUGCUUCGAACGCAUCACUGAAGCCACGGAAGAAUCGCGGAGAGGCGUCGACUGAUGCAACAAUUGGUGCAACGAAACAGUUCGAUAAGAAGCGUGAGACGGUCUACCGUGCUGUUGGGGAUGAUGUGUGGCAGCAAUUGCAAGAGUUUUAUGGCAUUGAGGAUAAAACGCUAAAGGAGCACUUAUGGUGUCGCUCUGACACUGCGGUGACCGUGAAUUACGUGGACAAGGAAAUCGCUGAUGCCUGCUUAAGUGGUGACGCACUUGAUAUCAUCAAUACGGGCUUGAAGGUGUUCACUAAGACGACAGAACGAGGCGAGGUGUUUUACCGCCCCUCGGAGGAAAGUCUCGGCUUCCUCGACGGCUUUUUCACCAAGCGUCGCUUUGACAUAUCGAUUGCCGACUUCUCCAAUCUCCUCGGGAACGCAGAUAAUCACGUAGCCUUCGACUCGCUGUCGUCAGGUCUGCGCAAGUCACUCGGCGAUAUGCCAAUGGGCCCUGCAGUUGUCCGAGUUCAGGAAAAUGAACAACUCUGCAUGAACAUAUGGGUCGGUAAGGGAUCAAUUUUGCCUCGCGUGUCCAAGGCCAUGCGCGAAGAGGUCAAAGACGCGCUGACGCAGUACACGGAAAAUGGUAAACACGCCUUUGCUGAUCCCGAUGCUGACCUCACUUCGCGCUAA